CACACCCUGUUCUUUUGCAAAUUAACAUGUCAUUAUUCAGACUUGACUGUGGUUACCAAAACUACGACUGGGGGAAGAUCGGCUCGUCCUCAGCCGUCGCCCAGUUCGCCGCCAGCUCCAACCCUGCCACCAAAAUCGAUGAAUCCAAGCCCUACGCUGAGUUGUGGAUGGGCACUCAUCCUUCGGUACCCUCCAAAGCAGUCGAUGCCGGCAACAACACCGGAAAAACCUUGAGGGAGCUCGUGGAAUCCGACCCAACUGCAUACUUACACAGCUCCAUCAUCGAGAAGUUUGGCAGUGAAAAGGAGCUACCUUUCUUGUUUAAGGUGUUAUCCAUCGAGAAAGUGUUGUCGAUUCAAGCCCAUCCCGACAAGAAGUUGGGCGCCCAGUUACACGCUGCUGACCCCAAGAACUACCCGGAUGACAACCACAAGCCGGAAAUGGCCAUUGCUGUGACUGCGUUCGAAGGGUUCUGUGGGUUCAAGCCAUUACAAGAGCUCGCGCAGACUUUGCAAACGAUUCCCGAGUUGAACGAAAUUAUCGGCCAGGAUCUCGUUGAAGAGUUUGUCGGGGGCAUCAAGCCCGACGCCGAGUUGGGGUCUUCCGACGAUGCUGCCAACCGCAAGUUGUUGCAGAAGGUAUUUGGACAGUUGAUGAACACCGAGGACACCAUCAUCAAGGCCAAAGCCCGGUCGUUAUUGGCCAGAACCAAGUCUGAGCCCGAACUUUUUGGGGCAAUCUCGCCAUUUUUGGCCGAGUUAAUCCAGAGAUUGGACAAGCAGUUCCCAGAAGAUAUCGGGUUGUUUUGUGGAUGCUUGUUGUUGAACCACGUCCACUUGAAGGCUGGAGAAGCCAUGUUUUUGCAAGCCAAGGAUCCUCAUGCUUAUAUCUCGGGGGAUAUCAUCGAGUGUAUGGCUGCUUCCGAUAACGUGGUCAGAGCUGGAUUCACCCCCAAGUUCAAAGACGUGAAGAACUUGGUGGAAAUGUUGACCUAUUCGUAUGACUCGGUGGAAAAGCAAAAGAUGCCAUUGUUACCAUUUGCCAAAUCGAGCGGUGAAGCAGCCAAAUCGGUGUUGUACAACCCUCCCAUCGCUGAGUUUGCGGUGUUACAAAUCAUCUUCGACACUGUUGCCGGAAAGGUUCAGUCGUUUGACGGUUUUGAAGGACCUUCCAUCAUAAUAUGCACUGAAGGUUCUGGAUCCAUCAACAUCACUGGCUCUGAAACCUCAUUACCUGUUAAAACCGGGUAUGUCUAUUUCAUUGGCCCCAAUGCUGAGGUUCAGUUAGAGUCUGAAUCGACCGACAAGCCGUUCACCACCUACAGGGCUUUUGUGGAGGCCGAAUAAACCAGUUGGAUAUAUUUAUAAAUGCACAGUCGAUUAUCUAUAGAUUAGCAUCGCGCUUGGCAGGAUCGUCUGGGGCCGCGCUCGAUCAACAAACGCUCUUCACUUU